GAACAUUGGCGGUGCAGCAACCAACUUCAUCUUAUUUCUGACUUUGGAGGAGCCCAGUAUGCUUUGCCUGCUCCAACAUAUCCCAUCUGCUUAUUGGGGCACCGGCAGCUUCCUGGCAUGUAUCAUCUUCCUCGUUUCCUUCUCUGGACCAGUUUGUUCUCUUCAGGCUCCUGCAGUGACAACAGGUCUCCACUCAGCGUUUUCGGCCACACAAACCGACUGUGUGGUGGGGGGCAAGCAGAAGGCCGUGACCUUCAACAGGCUCGUGGUCAACAUCGGAGGUGAUUUCAAUCCAGAUACUGGCCACUUCCGCUGUCGCAUCCCCGGGGUUUACUAUUUUUCUUUCAACGUGGGCAAGUUUCCGAAGAAAAUACUUUCUGUUUUCCUGGUGAAGAAUUGGCAAGAGGUCCAGACCAUUGCAUAUGACAGCUACCUCAAAGAAGGACGGAAGGUUCAGAGCCAGAGCAUAAUGAUUGAUUUAAGGCAAAUGGACACAGUGUGGCUGCUUCUACAGCAGACUCCUCAGUAUGCCUUGUACAGCAACGUAGGUCCUUACAUCACCUUCUCUGGUUACCUCGUCUACCCUAACAUCCCAGUGACCAACGACAUCCCCCAUCAACAGCUGCCACCAGGCCUCUUUGAUUCCAACUGUCCUCCUCAGGCCAACCCUCACGUCAGUGGUCAAAUGUUAGUACAGCCACGGUCGGCCUUUUCUGUGGCACGGACGUCCACGCUCGUAGGUCAGACUAAGAGGCAGCAGAAAAAAACACCUCUGACCUUUGACGUGGAGUACGUCAACAUCGGUGGACAUUUUAAUAAAUCUGCCGGCCUCUUCACGUGCUACUUCCCCGGCGCUUACUUUUUUGCGUUCACGGUGGGCAAACACCCUCGUAAGGCUGUUUCUGUGAAGCUGAUGACUGGGAAAGGUGACGUACAGGCCAUGGUGUUUGAUGAGGACAUGUCGAAGAGAAGGGAAAUGCAGAGCCAGAGUUUGCUGCUGUCUCUACGGCGGGGCGAUCAGGUCUGGCUGUACAGUCAGCAGGAUGAACGUUACGCUGUGUACAGUAACCAGGGAAGGUACACCACCUUUUCUGGAUUCCUGGUUUAUCCUGAAGCAUAAGUAACAACAGCUUCAAUUUAUCUAUAAGCUUAAUUCUGUGUCAGGAUAGUGUGUAUAAAAUCAAUGCUUUGAUUAGGAGGAUAUGUAUAUGUAUAUUCCAGGUCCCAGGUGCAUCCAUGAACAAAAUCAUUGAUUGAAUUGCCAAGUGUGUUUUCAUUGUAGUGCUAUGUGUGGCAAAGGCAUGGUG